AGUCUCUCCCAAGGCCCGACCAAAAAUUUCCCUCUGUAGUGGUGCGACCAAGUUAGACAGAAUCGGCGGAAUCGAUAGUCUGCCGGCGAGCCACGUCUGCGGAAGAAGGCUUGCUCAAAAGAUUGUUUACCGUGGACCAGUGCAAACCCGAUCCGAAAUCCAGACCCAAUCGGUGGAGAAGAAUUAACCCUAGCCUCCCUAGGUUACUUGCUCCAUUUUCGUCUCUCUCGGUCUCUACCCUCUCUUCUCCUUUCGCCGUCGCCGGAGAUCGUCGCUUCGGUGCUCUGGCUGAGGCACCAGUGCAGCCGGUGCUCCCUCUUCCUCUGGUACUCUGCUCUACAGUGGCACCGUGCCUCUAUCUCUCCAAAUCGUCGCCGACUCGCUCCUUCUCUCUCCACCCUGUUGCUUCCGCCACGUCGGUUAAGCUAGUUGUUCGGGUAAAAAGGGAUGAUCUACACUGCAAUUGACACAUUCUAUCUGACAGAUGAGCAGCUACAGAAUUCACCAUCCAGAAAAGAUGGCAUAGAUGAAGCCACUGAGACCACCCUUAGAAUCUAUGGCUGUGAUCUCAUUCAAGAAAGUGGCAUCUUGCUUCGGUUACCACAAGCAGUCAUGGCCACUGGGCAGGUUUUGUUUCAUCGCUUCUAUUGCAAGAAGUCAUUUGCAAGGUUCAAUGUGAAGAAAGUGGCUGCAAGCUGUGUGUGGCUUGCUUCAAAACUGGAGGAAAGCCCUAGAAAAGCAAGACAAGUAAUCAUAGUUUUUCACAGAAUGGAAUGCAGGAGGGAGAACCUGCCAAUUGAGCAUUUAGACUUGUAUUCCAAGAAAUAUGUUGAUUUAAAGAUGGAGUUGAGUAGAACGGAGAGACAUAUUUUGAAAGAAAUGGGGUUCAUUUGUCAUGUUGAGCAUCCUCAUAAAUUCAUAUCAAAUUACCUUGCUACACUUGAAACACCACCAGAAUUGAGGCAAGAAGCUUGGAAUCUAGCUAAUGAUAGUCUGCGCACUACAUUGUGUGUUCGAUUUAAGAGUGAGGUCGUUGCUUGUGGUGUUGUGUAUGCUGCUGCUCGUAGGUUCCAAGUACCCCUUCCGGAGAAUCCACCAUGGUGGAAAGCAUUUGAUGCAGAGAAGUCUGGGAUAGACGAAGUGUGCAGGGUUCUGGCUCACCUUUAUAGCCUACCUAAGGCACAAUACACACCAGUCUGCAAAGAUGGGGACUCAUUUUCAUUCUCCAACAAAUCCAUAGAAUCAAAGUCUCAGUCAACCCCUAAGGAUGUUCCGCAAAGUAGCCCGUUAGGUGAUGCUGACACUGCAGUUCCAAAGGGUGCUACUGGGGAAGCCGAUAUUGAAUCGGUUGGAGGUGCAUUGGCUAAGCAAAUUGAUAAGCUGAGGGAAUCCAAGAAAUCCGAUGAUGAAUCCAAGAGUGCAGCAACAGAAGGAGGAGCAAGAGAUGAACUCACGCUGAAGUCCAAGUCUGACCGUAAAAUGGAGGCCAGUGGGGAUAUUCGCCGGGAUAGGGACAGAGACAGGGAGAGGGACAGGGACAGAGACAGGGACAGGGACAGGGACAGGGACAGGGACAGGGGUCGUCGAUCCAGGGAGAGAUCAAAGGAAACGGGACAUUCAGAGAAGUCAAAACACCAUUCAUCACGUGAUCGUGACUAUCAUGGUUCCUCCUACCCUUCAAGGGAGAAAGAGCGCCAUAGACAUCACUGACACUACUUGGAAAAAUUUUCAAGAUGUACCUGCCUUUGUUGUCUGUAGAUCCAUCCUUGCUAAUUUGCUUGUAACAAAUUUUAUUACCAGUACAUAUUUUAAUAUCCAAAACUGCUUAUUUUGUUA